CUGCGCUGGAGGAGGCAGUAGUCACUGAGAGAUGCUGCGCUGUGAGCUCCAGAGGGCCACCAACCUGUCCUACCGGGGCAAGGGGGACUGCGACCCUGUGACCAGCCUGACCUUCAGAGGGGUCAAGAAGAAAACCAAAGUCCUCAAAAAUAACCCCAACCCCAUCUGGAAUGAGGGCUUUGAAUGGGAUCUGAAGGGCGUUCCUCUGGACACUACUGCCGAGCUUCAUGCUGCCAUCAAGGACCAUGAGACAAUGGGAAGGAACCGAUUGCUGGGCGAGACGAGGGUUCCCCUGCGAGAUUUAUUUAAUUCUGCCAACCUGACAAAGACAUAUAAUCUUCCUCUGAUGGACAGCAAGAAAAUGAGCACUGGUGCCACAUUAACCCUGCAGAUUUCAUACUUCCCACCACCGGGGGCAGCACCUCUGUAUCCUCCACCAUCAACCAUUCCGGCUGUAAAGGAGCCCACGCCGUCUUUCAGCGAUGUGGACACCGUCAGUCAGCUGCAGUUUGAUACAACAAUAGAGGAGGACACAGAAGACCAGAUUGGCACCGGAGAUGAGGGGGAAACAGCAUCCCUCAUGCCAGGAUCAGAGCAGCCCAGCCUUCCCAAGAAAAGCUCUGUGGUUGUUCCUGUGCAGGGAGUCAGGAGGAAAAAGAGCAUACCCAAAAAACAACUGUCAAACAAACCUCAGGAUUUCCAGAUUCGAGUUCGGGUGAUUGAGGGGCGACAAUUACUCGGUGUCAACAUUAAACCUGUUGUGAAGGUGACGGUUGCGGGACAGAGCAGAAGAACGCGGAUCCGGAAGGGCAACGGCCCAUUUUUUGAUGAGACGUUUUUCUUCAACUUCUUCGAGUCUCCUGCUGAUCUCUUCGAUGAGCCUGUGUUCCUGACAGUCUUAGACUCCCGCUCCCUCAGAACUCACUCUGUAAUUGGAGAAUUUCGGAUGGAUGUUGGGAUGAUUUAUGGAGAACCGAGACACGCCUUCCUGAGAAAAUGGCUGCUGCUGUCUGACCCUGACGAUUUCUCAGCUGGGGCAAAAGGCUAUCUGAAGGUCAGCCUAUUCGUCCUGGGCCCUGGUGAUGAGUGUCCGGUGGAAAAGAAGGAAUCCAUAGAGGACAAGGAAGAUAUAGAGGGGAACCUGCUGCGUCCGGCCGGGGUGUCGCUCCGCGGGGCUCAUCUGACGCUCAGAGUCUACCGCGCAGAAGAUCUGCCACAGAUGGAUGACGCCAUUCUAGACAACGUCAAGCAAAUUUUUGGGUUCGACAGCAACAAGAAAAACCUGGUGGAUCCUUUUGUAGAAAUCAAUUUUGCCGGGAGGAUGAUUUGCAGUAAGAUUUUGGAAAAGAACGCCAACCCUCAGUGGAACCAGAGCAUCACGUUACCCAUCAGGUUCCCGUCUAUGUGUGAGAAGAUGAGGAUCCGGCUCACAGACUGGGACCGGCUCACUCACAACGAUAUCAUUGGCACCACUUACCUGAGCAUGUCCAAGAUCUCAGCUCCCGGAGGGGAGCUAGAAGAUGAAACCACGGGGAAGCCGCCCACGAUUCCUAACUUUGACGACAGUCUGGGGUUCCUUCCGACCUUCGGACCUUGUUAUGUGAACCUUUAUGGAAGCCCAAGAGAAUUUACAGGAUUUCCGGAUCCGUAUGAAGAGCUCAAUAUGGGGAAGGGAGAAGGUGUAGCCUACCGAGGACGUGUCCUACUGGAACUGGAGACCAAGCUGGUGGAACAUACAGAACAGAAGGUGGAAGACAUUUCUUCCGAUGACAUCUUACGAGUUGAGAAAUAUCUCCGGAGGCGGAAGUACUGCCUCUUUGCUGCCUUCUACUCGGCGACGAUGCUUCAAGAUGUCGAUGAUGCCAUUCAGUUUGAAGUCAGCAUUGGGAACUACGGCAAUAAGUUUGACACCACCUGCUUACCUCUGGCCUCCAACACACAGUACAGCCGGGCCGUGUUUGAUGGCUGUCAGUAUUACUACCUGCCAUGGGGAAAUGUCAAACCUGUAGUUGUUCUCUCUUCACAUUGGGAGGAUAUCUGGUACAGGACUGAUGCACAAAACAUUCUACAUCAUGCUGCGGACAAUCUGGAAGCUAACUUAAAAAAUGUCCACCUUGCAGUUAAAUCAAAGUGUUCCCAGUAUGACCUUGACUUGUUGGUCACAGGUCUGAUUGAUGACAUCAUCAGUGACUGCAGCUAUCCAUUACCAGAUGUCCCAUCAUUACCGGGAACCACACACCUAGACCUUUAUCUGUUUCGAUUCCGUCAGUCUAACCUGAGUCAGAUUGUCCAGGCGGCGCUGAAGAUAAAGCAUGAGGACUGUGAGCUUAUGGACAUGCUCGAGCAGGCAGAAGACUGGUUACUGAGGCUUAAGUCACUAGCUGAGGAGCCACAGAACAGCUUGCCAGAUAUAGUGAUUUGGAUGUUACAAGGAGACAAGCGUGUGGCUUAUUACAGAAUACCAGCCCAUCAAGUCCUUUUCUCCAGGAACGGGGCCAAGUGUUGCGGCAAGAACUGCGGAAAACUUCAGACAAUAUUUCUCAAAUUUCCACAAGAAGGAACUAAAGGAGCGAAGAUGCCAGGACAGGUGCGGGUGCAGCUGUGGUUCGGGCUGUCCGUGCACCAGAAAGAAUUCAAUCAGUUUGCUCAGGGGAAGCUCUCGGUGUUUGCAGAAUCGUAUGAGAACCAGACCAAGCUGGCAUUAGUAGGAAACUGGGGAACCACCGGACUGACAUAUCCCAAGUACACAGACGUGACAGGGAAGAUCAAGCUUCCGAAGGACAGUUUCAAGCCCUCCAUUGGUUGGAUGUGGGCCGGAGAUUGGUUCAUCAGCCCAGAGAAGACGUUGUUGUAUGACACAGAUGCUGGUCACAUGAGCUUUGUGGAAGAAGUGUUUGAAAACCAGGCCCGACUUCCCGGUGGGCAAUGGAUUCAUAUGACUGAAGCCUACACAGAUGUGAAUGGAGAAAAAGUUCUCCCUAAAGACGAGAUUGAAUGUCCUCCUGGGUGGAAUUGGGAAGACGAAGAAUGGACAACGGACAUUAACCGAGCUGUGGAUGAACAAGGCUGGGAGUACGGCAUUACCAUUCCACCCGACCGUAAACCGAAAUCCUGGGUUCCUACGGAAAAGAUGUAUCACACCAACCGGAGGAAGCGCUGGGUUAGACUGCGCAGGAGGGACCCCAAGCAAAUCGAAAUUUUGAAAAAGCACAAGCCCGACGAGUUCGAGAGCGAAGGCUGGGAGUACGCCUCUCUUUUCGGGUGGCGGUUUCAUCUAAAGUAUCGCAAGACAGACAGCUUCCGCAGGCGGAGAUGGAGGCGAAGAAUGGAGCCCCUGGAGCAGACGGGAGCAGCGGCGGUCUUCGCUUUAGAGGGAUCUCUGGGUGGAGUAACCGAUGACAAAAGCGAUGAUGGAAGAACCACGAGCACCCUGAACUUAGGAGUCAACCGGCCGACCAUAUCCUGCAUUUUUGAUUAUGGGAACCGGUACCAUCUGCGCUGCUAUCUCUAUCAAGCCAGGAACCUCCUCCCUAUGGACAAAGACAGUUUUUCAGACCCAUAUGCCAUUGUUUCCUUCCUGCAUCAAAGCCAGAAGACUGUGGUUGCGAAAAGCACUUUAAAUCCAACCUGGGACCAAACACUCAUCUUCCAUGAAAUUGAAAUUUUUGGGGACCCUGCUAUUGUGGCUGAAGUCCCACCUAGUAUUGUGGUGGAAAUUUAUGAUCAUGACACCUACGGUGCUGAUGAAUACAUGGGACGUUGUAUUUGUAAACCCAGCCUGGAACGUUCUCCAAAGUUGUCCUGGUAUCCAAUCAUGAUGGGAGAGAAGCACACCGGAGAACUGCUAGCUGCCUUCGAGCUCAUCCAAAGAGAAAAGCCUGCUCUACAUCACAUCCCUGGACUUGAGGGAGAAAUCUCUGGUGUCCUUGGAGAGCUACUCGUUCCUCAGUUCUUCACGGAGAAGCUUCUAGACUGGACAGCAGAUACGAAUACAGAUCUACCGUAUCCUCCUCCACAGAAAAGUGCCAACGUGUAUAUGAUUCCCCAAGGUAUUAAGCCUGUUCUGCAGAGAACGGCCAUAGAGGUUCUGGCAUGGGGUCUAAGAAACCUUAAGAGCUACCAGCUGGCCAGCGUGACAUCCCCCAGCCUCAUUGUGGAGUGUGGCGAUGAAAUGAUCCAGUCUUGCGUUAUUAAAAACGUCAAAAAGAAUCCCAACUUUGAAGUGUGCGUCCUCUUCAUGGAAGUGAGACUGCCAAGAGAAGAUCUCUACUGUCCGCCCAUCGUUGUCAAGGUGAUUGAUAAUCGGCAGUUUGGGAGGAAGCCUGUAGUAGGACAGUGUACCAUCAACUCGUUGGAAGAAUUUCACUGUGACCCCAGUGUGGAGGAAGCAGAUAUGGAUGAAGAAAUGUCAGACAAUGUGAUUAUAACUCCGCGGGAUGAAGUUCUCAUUGAUAUUGAUGACAGAGAACCUUUGAUCCCGACUCAGCUCAUGGACGUUGUGAACGGCUCAGCCGUGAUUAACAUGUCGUCUUCUAGCUCCAGCCUCCAUGAGGAAGAAUUCAUUGACUGGUGGAGCAAAUUCUACGCAUCAAUUGGGGAAAAAGACAAGUGCGGGGCUUACUUGAAGAGAGGCUUCGACACUCUUCAGGUGCUGGAUAAUGAGUUAGAGAACAUAGAAGACUACGAGGGACUGUUGGACUUCUGUCGCACAUUCAAACUGUACAGAGGCAGAUCCCAAGAUGAGGCUGAAGAUCCAUCAGUGAUUGGAGAAUUCAAGGGAUCUUUUAAGAUCUACUCCCUUCCUGAGGAUCCCUCAGUUUCCAUGCCUCCUCGACAAUUCCUUCAACUCCCAGCAAAAGGGUUACAAGAGUGCCUGGUCAGGGUCUAUAUUGUCCGUGCAUUUGGCCUGCAACCCAAGGAUGCUAAUGGCAAGUGUGACCCCUAUGUGAAGAUAUCUAUUGGCAAAAAGUCCAUCAACGAUCAGGAGAAUUAUAUUCCAUGCACCCUAGAACCUGUUUUUGGAAAGAUGUUUGAGCUGACCUGCAUCUUACCAUUAGAGAAGGAUCUGAAGAUCACACUCUACGACUAUGACGUGAUGUCAAAGGAUGAGAAGAUUGGAGAGACUGUUAUAGAUCUAGAGAAUCGUUUUCUUUCCAAAUAUGGUGCUCGAUGUGGCAUACCCCAAACAUAUUGCGUCUCUGGACCGAACCAAUGGAGAGAUCAGCUGCGACCUUCCCAGCUCCUCCAUAUAUUUGCCCAGCAGCGCAAGCUCAAGCCUCCAGUCUUCAAGAACAACAGGAUUUCAUUCCAGAAUCACGACUACAGCCUCUCUGAUUUUGAGGAUGAUAAACUCACCAAUCCACAUCUGGGACCCCUAGAGGAAUGCCUCUCCCUACACAUCCUGCGGAAACAGACUAUUGUGUGUGAACAUGUUGAGACAAGAUCUCUGUACAGCCCCCUACAGCCCGAAAUAGAACAGGGUAAACUACAGAUGUGGGUGGACUUAUUUCCCAAGUCAUUUGGACCCCCGGGCCCUCCAUUUAAUAUAACACCCAGAAAAGCAAAACGCUUCUACUUGCGUUGCAUCAUUUGGAACACGAAAGACGUUAUUCUGGAUGAUGUGAGCGUUACCGGAGAGAAGAUGAGUGAUAUUUAUGUGAAAAGCUGGCUGAUAGGCCAUGAAGAAAAUAAACAGAAAACAGAUGUGCACUACAGGUCUAUGGGAGGUGAAGGGAAUUUUAACUGGCGGUUCGUGUUCCCUUUUGAUUAUCUUCCCGCGGAGCAGGUCUGCUCAGUGUCUAAGAAGGAACAUUUUUGGAGCAUGGACAAAAGUGAGAAUAAAAUCCCCCCUAACCUCAUCCUACAGAUAUGGGACAACGACAAAUUCUCCUUUGAUGACUAUCUAGGUUCUAUACAGCUGGAUCUGAACCAGAUGCAACCUGCCAAGACAGCAGAGAAAUGUAGCUUGGACCUGCUGGAAGAGUCAAUUUCUGCUGGCAAAUUUGUGUCUCUAUUUGAGCAGAAGACAGUGAAGGGCUGGUGGCCCUGUGUGGGUGUGGACGGUGACCAGAAGAUUCUUGCUGGCAAGCUGGAAAUGACGUUAGAGAUUGUCAAUGAGCAAGACAAUGAAGAACGGCCAGCUGGACAUGGCCGAGAAGAGCCAAAUAUGAACCCCAGGCUAGAGGAUCCCAAGCGCCCAGAGACAUCGUUCUUUUGGUUUACUUCUCCAUAUAAGACCCUGAAGUAUAUCCUGUGGAGACGAUACAAAUGCAUCAUCCUUGUCUUCCUUAUUGUCUUCAUCUUGCUGCUGUUCCUUGGAAUCUUCUUGUACUCGUUCCCGAACUAUGCUGCUAUGAAACUGGUGAAGCCAUUUAGCUAAACUACUGCCGGUUGAGUGUGUGCUGAGCGCAACCUGGAGCCUCAGUCCCGGAAAGCCCUAUGAGACUGUGUGCCGAAUGUCUUAUAGACAUAUACCCAUGUUGCAGACGAUGCACCAACCCUACAGCUACCAGUAUUUAUCAUGAUGCAAGAUUCCUCUACGUUGCAAAAUUUUGAAUUGAGCAAUGUCAAGCACCAUCCCAGAAGCAGCAUUGUGUGAGGAAUCGGGAUGAAUGUAGUGUGCGCAGACCUAUGCAAUGUCCAUACUGCCAUAAAACUAGUUCAAGAUUUUCUUGAAGUGAUUAAAAUGGCAACGUUUACCAUACCUAAUAAGGGGGUGCAAACAGAGGCUGCUAGACCCUGGUGGAAAGCCUCAACCAUGGUCCAUCAUCUCGUUGAUGACAUCUUCGACCGUUAUAUGAUUGAGUCAUGUUGACCAGCAUCUAUAUACAAUAUACAGAUGAAAGUACUUGUAUAGUACAAAGCAUGGUUCCCUUAUUGUGUAAUUGGCAUGCUAGGUCGUUUUGUCUUUGAGUCUUUAAAGCGUAGUCUCUUCUUAUUGUCGCAGCUCUUUGCCAUCUUUGCAGUCUCUAAUACUUUACUACUGCCCCUUGGUCUAAAAAAAAACUCUAUCCGUCCAUUUAAGGUCAUUUCUUGCCUUCAUCCUGUUAAAACUGAGAAUCAAAGAAGAAAAAAGUAAUUUACCUUUUCCAGGAACUAUAUUUAUUGGGGCAGCCAGUGAGCUUGAGGAUUAGUAGUGUCCAUGGAUGUAGGUUAAAGCUGGCCAUACACUUUAGGUAGCAUGUUUGGCCAAGAACUAUUCCUCCCACCAAACAAUACACAUGCACACUAGGCAAUCCACUGUCAGAUAAAUAUGGUGGUUGCUUAUCUCCCUGAGAACAAAAGGAUUGGGCAUAUUGAAACCCAACAGCCCCCCCCCCCUUAAUACACAUUCAAUAGCCACCAAAAUCAUCAAGUUCGCCUAACAGUGACCUAAUGUGCAUGGCCAGCUUUAGCAGCAGUAACCUCCCCAGCUCCAGAUCUCCACCAAUGAUACCACCAGGAGAUUCUAGAAGUAUGGCUGCUUCAAUGUCUGACUUGUCCACUUAACAUUUAUGAUGUUUCUGAAUCUGACAGUAGUUGACAGGGAUGCAAAAACUAAUAUAGACCAGUGGAGAUCAUCUUCUAUGAGUUUGCCAACAUGACUGAGAGGCAUAUACAGUCAUGUGAAAAAAUUAGGACACCCUUUGAAAGCAUGUGGUUUUUUG